CUUCUAUCGCAUGGCCAAAAUGUUGUGAAGUCUGACGUGGACAACAUGGUGCGGAAUCACGUUGCUUCGCUUACGUCUACCGAUGAUAACGAGCGGACUGCCGUGGAGGUCGCUGGUUUUGCAUCCGCAGAUGCAGAUAACGUGGUAACAGUUGACGAGACG